AUGGAGGCGAUGGGGGAUGAGAACCGCACCUCGGUCUCCGAGUUCAUCCUGGUGGGUCUGUCUGGCCGGCCGCGGAUGCAGCGCCUCCUAUUCGCGGCCAUCCUGGCCACUUACCUGGCCACCCUGGCAGGCAACCUGCUGAUCGUAGGCCUGGUGCGGGCCGACUCGUGCCUCCACACCCCCAUGUACUUUUUCCUCAGCCACCUCUCCUUCCUGGAGAUCUGCUACACCAGCUGCACCAUCCCCCAGGCUCUGGCCCACCUCCUGACCCGCAGCAAAUCCAUCCCCUUCGCUCGCUGCGCCGCCCAGAUGUACCUCGCCCUCUCGCUCGGGAGCACCGAGGCCAUCCUGCUGGCCGCCAUGGCCUACGACCGCUUCGUCGCCGUGUGCUGGCCGCUGCGCUACGCCGCCGUCAUGGGGCGGGGCCGUUGCUGGGCGCUGGCCUUGUCCUCCUGGGCUGCGGGGUUCCUCCUCUCAGUGGUCAAUACGGCCUGCACUCUGCGGCUGCCCUUCUGUGGGCCCAACCGGAUCAACCACUUCUUCUGCGAGCUGCCGGUGGUGCUGGAGCUGGCCUGCGCCGACACGCGCCUCACCGAGGCCGUGGUCUUUGGGGCGGCCGUGUUCAUCCUGCUGCUCCCGCUGGCCGUCAUCCUGGCCUCCUAUGGCCUCAUCCUGGCCUCUGUGCUGCAGGGACAGGUGGCCGCUGGGCGAUGCAAAGCAUUUUCCACCUGUGCCUCCCACCUGGCUGUGGUGGCCAUCUUCUACGGCACCGUCAUCUCCAUGUACAUGAGGCCCCGCUCCGGCGCCGUCCCCGACCGGGACAAGCACAUCGCUGUUUUCUAUAUUGUGGUUACGCCGGCCCUCAACCCACUCAUCUACACCCUGAGGAACAAGGAGGUCAAGGGGGCCGUGGCCAAGCUGAUGCACAGGGCCGGAUUGACCAAGAAGUCCUAA